CGUAAAGCACAAACCGGUCUGUCAAUAGAUACGCAUCCGCGAAAGAUUCCAGCCCCGAGCUUUGCUCAAAAUAUCCUCCAAUCACUCUCAUUCUCUGUCCUUCCCUCACAGCUCCGAAGAUGCCGGCCCAUUCCGACAUAGAAUCCCCUCUCCUCCGCUAUCCUGCUCCGCCGGAGCCGCCGCCGCCAAUCCCAAAAUUCUGGCGGCGAGUCUUGAUCUUCUUCGUCGCUGCAACUCUACUCUGUUUAGGGCAAACCCUGAUCAACGUCUUUGAUUCGGGCCACGGAGAUCGGGGAAUAAAGCUGCAAAGCAGCAGCGGAUCGGAGAUUGUGGAAUCUGAGAUCGGUGUCGUGGCGGCGGACGACUGGCAGUGCUCGAAGAUUGGGGUAGAGGCUCUAAAAGCCGGUGGGCAUGCGGUGGAUGCUGCGGUUGCGACGGCGCUGUGCCUUGGAUUUGUGCAUCCGAUGUCUAGUGGAAUUGGCGGCGGGGGAUUCAUGGUUGUUUGGCCGGCUGGGUCUUCGACGGCGGAUUCCUUUGAUUCUCGUGAAACAGCUCCGAUUGCGGCAUCUAUGAACAUGUAUGAGAAGAUUCCUUCAUCAAAGAGCAAAGGUGCACUCUCGAUGGGGAUUCCAGGAGAGCUUGCCGGCCUCCAUGCAGCUUGGUUGAAGUAUGGAAAGCUCCCAUGGAAGCUUCUCUUUCAACCAACCAUAAAACUCGCAAGGUAUGGCUUCCCUCUGCCUCUUUAUCUUGCCCAGAUCAUCAAAAAGUCCGAGAAAGACAUCUUGGCCGACCCGGGGCUGCGACAAGUAUUUGCUCCCAAUGGCAAACUAUUGCAGAUAAAUGACCCCUAUUUGAACCCCAAACUCGCUGACACUUUGGAGAUAGUUUCCAUCGAGGGUCCACAAGCAUUCUACAAUGGCACCAUUGGAGAGAAGUUCAUCGAUGACUUGAGGAAUGCUGGAGGGAUUGCAGCCAUGGAGGAUCUUAGGAGUUAUACAGUUGAAGUCAAGGAGGCUGUGGCCGCAGAUGUUAUGGGUUACCGAGUCCUUGGCAUGCCUCCUCCAUCAAGUGGAACUGUUGGAUUGUCACUGGUCCUAAACAUUUUAGGUGGCUACAAGUCUUUGGAUGAAGUAAGAGGUCUGCUUGGUCUCCACCGCCUCGUAGAAGCAUUCAAACACAUGUUUGCCAUCCGUAUGAACCUUGGGGAUCCUGAUUUUGUCAAUGUCACUGACCAUGUUUCCGCCAUGCUUUCUCCUUCAUUUGCAGAAAAAAUCAGGCAGAAAAUACUUGAUAACACUACUUUUGAUCCAAGUUACUAUCUUCCAAAAUGGAGUCAGCUAAGAGACCAUGGAACAAGCCAUUUCUGUGUUGUUGAUGCUGAGCGAAAUGCAGUUUCCAUGACAAGCACAGUUAAUGCCUACUUCGGGGCAAAAGUACUUUCACCAUCAACUGGUAUUGUUGUCAAUAAUGAAAUGGAUGAUUUCUCCAUACCCACUGAUGUUUCCCCAGAUCAUCUCCCACCAGCUCCUGCUAACUUCAUCCAGCCAAGAAAGAAACCUCUGUCUUCCAUGACCCCUCUCAUUAUCCUUAAGGACAAGCAGCUCGCAGGAGUGGUUGGUGCAAGUGGAGGAAUGUAUAUUAUUCCUGCAGUUGUUCAAGUGUUCCUCAACCAUUUUGUGCUUGGUUUUGAUCCUCUGGAAGCUGUUCGACGACCAAGAGUAUACCAUAAGCUCAUCCCAAACGUUGUGCUGUUCGAGAACUGGACGGCCAUUGAUGAUGAGCAAAUUCAAGUCUCUCCGGAAGCACAGGCAUACUUGAAGCAAAGAGGCCACCAUCUUUCCAGCAUCUCUGGCGGUUCCGUUACCCAGUUUGUUGUUCAUAAUCUUCAAAAUCCGGUUCCAAAUGUGGAUAAAAUGAAAGAUGGAAUCUUCUAUGGAAAGCUUACUGCUGUCAGUGAUCCAAGAAAAGAUGGGCGGCCUGCAGGGAUUUAGGUUUCGUUUGGGACGAUUUUUUUAUUUCUUCUUAAAGCAACUUUUCAGUACAAAAAUUAAAACUUUUGCAUUAAAAAGUUACUUUAAGAAGCAUUAAAAAAACCGUCCCAUACAAAAUCUUAAGUUGUUCUUUGACCAUACUAUGGAGCUCCUGCAUUCACUCGCAUUGAAGAAGGUACGCUUUUAUACAUUUAAGUUGUUGUAUUAUUUGUCAUCCCAGAAUCAGAGUCAUUGUAACAUAUUUGUGUUAAUAUCAGAUGUAAAUUUUAUAUUGAUGAACAAUAAGAUAUCACCAAGGCAUGCACAUUCUACUUGUUAAGUUGUCAAAUGUGAAUAAAUUGGUUGGAAAUAAAGCAUUGGAUUCUCAAAACAA